GCUUCCUCUUAGUGGACACGUUGUGUCGCACAGGUAAUCACGAGUAGGAUGGGUCGUGACCAACGGAAUGGUAGGAAUGACAACCAAUACGGCCGAGUAGAGAGUCACUAGUCACCAUCGAGUUAUGGCAGAGAGUAUGUGGUUAGAACCAAUCGCCUCUGCGGCGGCGUGGCCCGCCUCAGCUCAGUGCUCGGCUGCCUCCAUCUUCGCGACUCUGGUCGCGGCCAUCGUUGCCAAGGGCCUCAAGGCGGCGCAACUGAAGGCCGCCGCGACCCGGGACGCAGUGCAGAAAGACUAUGACUUCAUCGUGAUUGGUGCCGGCAGUGCGGGGUGCGUCGUUGCGAACCGCCUCAGCGAAGAAAAGAAAUGGAAAGUUCUGCUGCUAGAAGCUGGGCCCGAAGAAACGGACUUGAACAUGGUGCCGGCAAUGGCAAGCAGAUACCUGACCGAUGACUUUUUCUGGUGGAAAUACACAACGCAGAAGAGUGGCUGGGAUCCCGGCUCGCGGGCUAGCCGAGGCAAAGGGAUGGGCGGAUCGAGCGCAGUAAACGCCAUGCACUUCACUCGGGGCAACAGAGAGGACUUCGAACACUUGAAGGCCUUGGGCAACACGGGAUGGGGCUUCGAGGACGUGCUCAAAUACUUCAAGAAGGCCGAAAACAAUCACGACUUUCCCAAGGACACCACCUACCACGGCACAACAGGCCCGCAGGACGUGAUGCUGGACAGGUUCAGGGACCCCAACACGGCGCUGCUGGUGCAGGCCUACGAAGAGAUCGGCAUGGCCAGGGUGGAGGACGUGAACGGAGCCAGCCAGCUGGGCACCUCCACCGUCGGCGGAGUGUCUUGGGCGCCAGGGGCAGUGCUCAACGGCGAGCGCCGCAGCUCCAACCGCGCGUACCUGGGCGCCGCGGUGCGCAAGCGCCCCAACCUGACGGUGCAGACGGGGGCCUUCGUGCGCCGGGUCGUCGUGUCGGGCGGCCGGGCCGUGGGCGUCGAGUACGACGGGCCCGCCGGCAGGAAGACCGUCACCGCCACCAAGGAGGUGGUCGUGUCCGGCGGGGCCUACAACUCGCCGCAGAUACUGAUGUUGUCCGGCAUCGGGCCCAAAGCCCACCUGCAAGACGUUGGCAUCAAGCUCGUGCAGGACUUGCCCGGGGUCGGCCAGCGUCUUCACGACCACAUGUUCGGCAGUGGCGGAGUCAAGUUUCUUCUCAGCAAGACUGCCAAAUUGGGAACCGUGCAGCAAUACGUCGACACCGUCAAGGAGUAUGUGCAGAAGAGGACUGGCCCACUCAGCGCUACUGCCAAUCCGGCCAAUCUUUUUUACCGCUCCUCACACCAACCGAAGGGCGUGACACGACCAGACAUCCAGAUCUCAAUUGGAGGAGGCAGGACGACUUCGAAACUACCUGCAUCUUGCCCUGAGGGGGACCCGGCGGGCACCUUCUACAACCAGCUGGCCUUCAACCCCAUCAACUUGCACCCGAAAAGCCGUGGCCAGAUUCUCCUGAACAAAAAGGCACCGUACGGCCCUCCGCUCAUCUUCGGCAACGUGUUCGGGGACGAGUCGGACCUGCUGCCCGUCAUCGAGGCCUACCAGCUGGUGGCGCGGCUCAACGCCACCAAGGCUCUCCGCAGCAACGGCGUCCAGGUCAGCGUGAGCACGGCCAAGGCCUGCGCCUCGCUGCGCUUCAACAGCGACGCGUUCUGGCGGUGCCAGCUCAAAGGCAAGGGCAAGGCCAACCAGCACCCCACGUCCACCUGCAGCAUGGGGCCGGACAGCGACCCCCUGGCUGUCGUCAACCCGCGCCUCCAGGUGCGCGGCGUGAAGGGUCUUCGGGUGAUAGACGCGUCCGUGUUGGCGGAGACGACGAGCGGCAACACGAACGCAGUGUGCGUCAUGGUCGGCGAGAAAGGGGCGGAUCUCAUCAAGGAAGACUGGAAGAGUCUUCACUGAAACAUACGCAACACACUGUAGACUUAACCUCAAUAUACAUUGAGAAGUCACCGUAGUGCUCAGUCCACACUCAAUUUUUCAGUUCAUACCACGCAAGGGGUGGCCCCGUCACCAUUCUGCAAAACUUACAAAGAUUGCAUGGCAUUUUAGGGUAAUUUCUAAACAUACGUUUGAACCAUGUGGCAAAAAUAUACUUAUUUUGGCAGGAUAUCACUUGCAAUGACGAAACAAAUGAAAAGGGCAGCAACCCUUAAAACCAA